CCAAGGAAGAUUGCAGAAUUUGUCUCCGGAGGAAAAGGCUCCGUUCGAUUUAUCGGUUCUCUGAUUCUCAGUUUCCUGGUGAUAUUUUGUUAUCUCCGAUAUCGAUCUCAUUCGUUCUGAAGAAAUAUUGAAGCAGUCGAUGGAAGGAAAAGUUUAUAAGAAAUUGAAAAUGAGAGGUCGAAGUUACAGUUACAGUCCAUCGCCACCAAGGAGUUAUGGCAGGAGAAAUCGAAGCCUUAGCCCAAGGGGUCAUGGAGGCCGUGGAAGGGAUCUGCCGACAAGUCUUUUGGUUCGGAACCUAAGGCAUGACUGCAGGCCAGAGGAUCUACGUGGAUUAUUUGGGCGGUUUGGUCCUCUCAAGGACAUCUACUUGCCACGAGAUUAUUAUUCCGGAAAACCACGCGGCUUUGGGUUUGUUCAGUACAUUGAUCCUGCUGAUGCUGCUGAUGCAAAGUAUGAAUUAGAUGGCCAAGUUCUAUUGGGUCGUGAAUUAACUGUUGUGUUUGCUGAGGAGAACAGGAAGAGACCAGAACAGAUGAGAGCAAGAGACUCAUCAAGGGGUCGGUCCUACAGUUACAGGCGUUCCCCGCUGCAAUAUUCUCAAUCACCGCCCCAUGGUCGAAAAUAUUCACGUAGUCCUGAAUAUUAUUCCCCUGCUCGGUCUAGACGAUAUUCAAGGUCGAUCUCGCCUAGGGACCGAAGGUACAGGGAGAUAUCCUACUCAAGGUCACCGUAUGAUUCAAGGGACCGUGGCUAUAGCCGAAGCCGAAGCAGGAGCCGGAGCUAUAGCGGAAGCUAUUCUAGGUGAGUAAAAAAUACUUCCCAAGUUACAAAGUGGGUUAAGCUUAGUUUAGGUGACUUUUCUAAAAACCCAGAAACUAUUAAGGUAGAGAGAUGUUGGGAUUUCGGAAGUCUGUAUAUGAUUUAGAAAAUGGUUUGGUCUUUUCUUUUAGAGCCACUGAUUUCAUGUUCUUAUUUUAAAAUGUAUGGACCAUAUGGUGGUUUUCUCUAUGUAGAAUGGAACCUUGGGAAUUUUAGGCCUUCUUUUUACCCC